GGAGCAGCGAAUUCAAUUACUGCUUUCGUGGACAAGAUGGCAACUUGCAUAGGAGAGACCGAUUUUCCUCCAUAUGUCAUAAAAUGCGUGGAUGACACACAUUUUCUCGUUGCAGGAGGUGGCGGAGAAUCAAAAACUGGCGUGCCGAAUGCUCUGGAAAUAUUUCAAGUGGGGGUAGGAAGCAGUGGCAUUGCCGUGGAGUCAAAAUGCAGGUACAACACAGACAACGGAGAUGAUCGGAGUGCAAUCAUGAAUGCUGCUAUGAGGUUUGAUGGUAAGGAGUAUCUGAUGGCGGCAGGUCGAAAUGAAAGAUGCCAGAUGUACCAGAUCAACAAGGUGGUUGAAUCCCUCAUACCACAGACGAUGGGAAGAGAGGAUGAAGAAAAAGAGGAAAAUGGAAAAAAGAGCAAAGAGGAGGAGGUCACACUUAGGAAAAGGAAAAAGAAGCCUUCCGAAUCCAACGGCAAGAAGAAAUCAGGGCCACCAUCCCGCAGAGAGUUGGUCCAGUUUGAAAUGAAGCGGCUUCAAUCUGUUCAAACAGAUUUCAGCCCAACCGAUUCGAGCCAGAAUGCUGUCUGCUUCUCACCCAAUGGGAUGUACUUUGCUACUGGUGGUGUGGACGGUCACUUACGAAUGUGGACGUAUCCGACGAUAGAGAAAGUGUAUGACAUCGAAGCACAUUCCAAGGAUAUUGAGGACAUUAUUAUCAGUCCGCUGGGCAAUAAGCUCAUCACAAUCUCAAGGGACCAGAAGGCCUAUGUGUGGAAUACAAAGGACGGUAGUAAGAUGUGUGAACUGGAAUGGGAAGAAUGUGCGGAUCAUAAAUCAUACAGAUUUGGCUGCUGUAGGUAUGCAUUCCUGAAUGGUGAUGUCAGCAACUCCACAAUGUUCACAACUCACACCCCUCACAUACAGAAGAAAGGCAGGCAACCCUCCUAUAUUUCCAAAUGGAAUAGUCACAAGUUCACCAUUGACAAGACAGUAUGUACAGGGGAUGAUAUUCUCUCAGCACUAGCAGUCAGUCACAGCGGUUACUAUGUUGGAGUCGGUACUAUGUCAGGUUCUGUGGGAAUCUAUGUCACAUUCAGCUUACAGAAACUGAAAUGGGUGGACAAUGCGCAUAGCAUUUUCAUCACCGGUCUGUCCUUCAUUCCUAUGACCAAGAAUUCAAGACGAGUAAUUGGUGAUAAGGAUGCUGCAAUCCUCAGUCUAUCAGCUGAUAAGAAGAUUGGCCUGGUUACAGUCAGCAGAUCAGGUGAAUAUCCAGCCAUCCUCAUGUUCCUUGGAGUCUUCAUACUAAUCAUGCUGGCCUUCACCUUGUUUGCAUACUUCGGCAUGAACUUCUAAAAUAACAAUGAAGGCAUACUUAAAAGCUCUGGAUUUGAAACCUCAGGAAUCGCACUUUCCACUUUGUGCAUUGAUACAUCAAGAGGAAACAGACUUUAGGAAUGGAAAAUACAAGUGUAGAAGCAACUGAAUCUUUCAUUUGAACCGCAGCCUGUGGUCGAUAUCCGAUGGAGAGUUGUCUUCUUAUGCCACCAUCAAGUGAUUAAUAUCCAUUUGGUUUUCGUCAAGCACCAUCAUGGUUAAAUCCAUCGGCCUGUAUUCUGAACUCGGGUUUAGAUUAAACCCUGGUUUAAAGUUGUGGUUUAAGUAUGGAGAGCCAAUUGGGGCAGAAAUCCCCAACAGUACACAUCCAAUUAAUUAACUCAUAUGACACCCAAAUUGUCUGGGGAUGAAAACCAAAGUAUUUUGACGUAAUAGUAAACAUAAGAAAUAUACAAUAUAAGCAGAAUUUUUUGUAUUUUUGGCUCCCCAUAAUUCUAGCACAGAGUUAGACCAUGGUCUAAGUUAAACUGAUUUCAGAAUAUGGGCCAUUUGGUAUACUAUCAACCUGGUUUAACCCUAUCUAGGCCGGGGUAUUUUUGGAGUUCAUAUGGCCGGGGGGGGGGGGGGGGGGAGGGGCCUCCCAGGCCCCCCCCCCUUGAGAUCUCAGCCGUCGACUGCGCGAUCACGCUGAAAAUUGGCACGCGGGUUGUCUGGGAUAUAAUCUACAAAAUUGUAUAGUAAUUUAUUUCAUGCGAAUUGCUAUUAAGUGAUUAUGCUAAUUUAUGCGUAAUUAGUAUGCAAAAUCAUACUUUUUCCUCUAACUCCCUAAAUAACGCUCCAAAUGUUCUAAUUUUUGGUAUAGAAACUCGUUGUGGUGUACUUAGCAAGUGUACAUGAAAAAAAUCUGAUAUCAAAUCAUUUUCUUAUGUAUUUUAUUGUUUUUUGCAAAUUCUUAUGUACUGUAUUUCCUCGUUUUUUUUACCUUUUGUUUUUCAUUGUUUUUUCAAUGAAAUUUGUUGGGGACUCUUCUGAGAUCAUAAAAAGCAUAACAUAAAUACAUUUAGACAAGCAAAACUAAAAAUAAUCAUACAUUUGUGAUUUUUAGUUGAAAACAUAAUUUGCAUUGACUUUGUACACAAAAUCACGUUUUUGAGAAAUUUUUGGUCCGACAUGCACUUACAUAAUGUUGCGUAAUUUCAGAACCACGUACCCGGGUAACGCAAAAUUUGUCUCAAAAGUUGCGCAAGACUUGAAAGUAAAAAGUCAGCGAGCAGCGCGGUCAAAAAAUUUCGCGCGGCAAAAAAUAUUGCGCGAAUCGUUGAGGGGGGGGGCCUCCGAUAGGGUUAAGUUCUGUUUGGUCCAUCCCUCACUUGGUCUAAUAGCCUCUUUUCAAGGCCAUCUGUUGUCCAACUAGCUUACAGGUUCUGAUGUGGAAAGACUACACCUAUUAGCUGCGAUGCAGUGAGCGCAGCUGGUAAUAGAAUGUCUGAUGGACAAAAUGAAUGGCAUAUGGUGCAUUAUUUUGUUUACUUUGUUUAGUUUACCCAUUUUUUUCUUCUAAAUUUGAAUUUAGAUACAGUAAUGUAAAUAAGAAUCAAUGAUAAAUAGGCUAAGCUGCAAUUACACAAAAUAUUAUGAGGCAAGUGGUGUUACACGAUGUACAUGUAUAUCGGACCAUGUGGAAUGGCACAAUAAUAGAAAAAUUGCUUUAGAUCUUUUGACUAUUCAGAAUUAACCACUUACAACAGGUGUCAGACACUCUCCCAACCUAUUGUCUUAUUAUUUUCAAGAAGAGCAUAAUUUUGGGGGCAUAUAUAUUGUGACUAAUCUUUCUCUUAUGUACAAUGUACUAUUUUUUUUUCUUUUAAGUUUUGUUUUUACCUGCAGUUGUGUUGAUUUGACUACCAUGUAUUUUUUCUCGCUAGGGUAGGCAAGCAAAGCAUUAGUGUCUUAAAUAACAAUAAACUACAACUUCUAUUGACUAGAAUUCUUGCCAUAAUAAAGUAUAUUAAGAUGUUUAAAAAAAUAAAGAAGCCUGGAAUAUUGUUUUAAAAAAUAGUUUUUAAUCCGAAAAUGCUUGCAAACUAUGGAAGUUAAGUAGUUGCUGCAAAGAACUCUCCACAAAGUAUAGGUAGAAUAUCAAUAUUCAUUUUGCUACCAAUUGUCAAUUUGCCAUCAAGAUAUGAAAAUCCAUAUUUUAUUGCUCGAAAUAGACAUCAGAAAUGAAAUACAUGUACUCCGGCUUUAUCAUGGCUACCCUGUGUAAGAUAGAAUAUAGCCAGAUAUGAAGCUAUUUUGUGAUGGCCAAGAUCUCCUAGCCCCUCCCACCCACCCCCUUCCCCCAUUUAUGAUCUUCCAAAAUACCAUGUCCUAGAAUAAAAAACUUCCUGGCACCUUUGUUUAUAUUAAUUUCAUACUUGAUUAUUUAUCUUUUGUACUGUAAAACAUACAUGUGCACGUAGGGACUUCAGGAACCAUAAGGGAAUUUAUGGUUUAUGGUUUUAUAAAUGCAGCCAUAGAUAUGUGUACUUUAUACUUGUAGUAUAUUUUUAUUUGAUAUUUUUGCAAACAUUUACAAGGUCACUAUGGUACAAACAGUACUCCAUUCUGUAGAAAAUCAUUCAAAUGUUGAAAUAAUAUAUUUGAUAUCCCUUACCUUAAAGGGAUGGUCUGGGCUAGAAAUAUAUCUAAAUAAAUAGAGAGUAAAAUUCAGAGCAAAAUGCUGAAAAUUUCAUUAAAAUCGGAUAACAAAUAAGGAAGUUAUUUGAUUUUAAAGUUUAAAUUUUUUUGUGAAAACAGUUAUAUGCACAUCGUCAUGAAUAUUCAUUAGGUGGGCUAAUGAUGUCACAUCCCCACUUUCCUUUUUCUUAUGUUAUUACAUGAAAUAAUUUUUUUUUCAUUUUUUCAUACAUGUACCGGUACAUGUGUAAAUGAUCUGUCUCCAUUAUGAAGAAAUAAGUUGCGGCAAUAAAUAACUAACGCACUUUAUCAGUUGCCAAUCCAAUUGUUUCAGUUUUUGUCUCGCCUGCAUAGCAGAGCGAGACUAUAGGCGCCGCUUUUCCGACGGCGGUGGCGACGGCGGCGUCAACAUCAAAUCUUAACCUAAGGUUAAGUUUUUGAAAUGACAUCAUAACUUAGAAAGUAUAUGGACCUAGUUCAUGAAACUUGGACAUAAGGUUAAUCAAGUAUUACUGAACAUCCUGCCUGAGUUUCAGGUCACAUGACCAAGGUCAAAGGUCAUUUAGGGUCAAUGAACUUAGACCAUGUUGGGAAAAUUAUUUUCAAAAUCUUAACUGAAGGUUAAGUUUUUGAAAUGACAUCAUAACUUAGAAAGUAUAUGGACCUAGUUCAUGAAACUUAGGCAUAAGGUUAAUCAAGUAUUAGUGAACAUCCUGCUCGAGUUUCAGGUCACGUGACCAAUGUCAAAGGUCAUUUAGGGUCAAUGAACUUUGGUCAAGUUGGGGGUAUUUGUUAAAUUACUAUCAUAACUUUGAAAAUUUAUGGAUCUAGUCCAUGAAACUUGGACAUAAGGUUAAUCGAGUAUUAGUGAACAUCCUGCCUGAGUUUCAGGUCUAAUGACCAAGGUCAAAGGUCAUUUAGGGUCAAUGAACUUUGGCCAAGUUGGGGGUAUUUGUUGAAUUACCAUCAUAAAUUUGAAAAUUUAUGGAUCUAGUUCAUGAAACUUGGACAUUAGGUUAAUCAAGUACCACUGAAUAUCCUGUGCGAGUUUCAGGUCACAUGACCAUGGUCAAUGGUCAUUUACAAUGUAAGUUCAAUGAACUUUGGCCGUGUUGGGGGUAUUUGUUAAAUUACCAUCCUAACUCUGAAAGUUUAUGGAUCUAGUUCAUAAAACUUGGACAUAAGAGUAAUCAAGUAUCACUGAACAUCCUGUACGAGUUUCAGGUCACAUGACCAUGGUCAAAGGUCAUUAAAAGUCAAUGAACUUUGGCCGUGUUGGGGGUAUUUGUUGAAUUACCAUCCUAACUCUGAAAGUUUAUGGAUCUAGUUCAUAAAACUUGGGAUAUAAGAGUAAUCAAGCAUCACUGAACAUCCCCUGUGAGUUUCAGGUCACAAAACCAAGUCAAAGGUCAGUUAAGGUCAAUAAACUUAGGCCAUGUUGGGGUAAUUGUUGAAGUGCCAUCAUAACUUUGAAAGUUUAUGGAUAGAGUGAAUGAAAUGUGGACAUGGGUGUAGUUGACAGUCUUAAGUCUCCGUUCAAAUGUCAUUUAUGGUCAAUGAACGUGGUAUUAUGUCAUUAUAUGAAUGAUGUUUUUGUGAAUGAUUAUUUUAUAGUAGUUUUCAAAGUUAGCACUGCUGCUAUAUUAAAUUGCGUAAUGCAGGCGAGACUGCCAGAGGCGUUCCACUUGUUGGUAGAAAAAUUUUGAAUUAAUGAAAUACAAAAGAACAAAUGGGGAUAUGACGUCAUCAGCCCACCUAAUGAAUAUUCAUAAAGGCUUGCCUAGAACUGUUUCACCGGAAUAACGCAAAUCUUUAAAAUUCAAUAACUUUGUUAUUUGUUAUCCGAUUUUUAUCAAAUUUUCAGCACUGUGCUCUGUGAAUUUUACUCUAUUUAUUGAGAUAGAAAUACAAAAUUUUGGGUGGUGGACAACACCACUUUAUUACCUAUAUGUAGUUAAAACCCUAAAUCUUGAAUUCCCCAUAGAAGUUGACGCUAGACCAGUCUUCAAUCGUUUCAGACCUAAAGCUGAGUUGUCAAAGAAUAUAAUCUUUGUUUAGAAAGAAAGUCAUUGAUGUUUAUACCGAAAAUAACUAUGAUCAGUAUCUUUCUAUUCUAUUAGGGAAAACUUUGAAAUAGAUGUGUGAUAUAUUGUGAAUAUAUGAAUUAUUGUUUAUUGGGAUAUGGACAUUUAUAACUUGAAUUACAUUAUUUUGAAUUCUGGAGAUCAAGUUUAAUUGAUCAACUAUUGUACUGUGCUUGUAAUCAUGCGUUUGAUUAAUUGCAUUCUUGGAUAUAUAAUUUAUAUUAGAAGUAUUAUAAAGCCCAAAUGUUGGAAUUAAAUUCAUGUGUAUGUUUUGUACUGCGAGUUAAAUGUUUGAUAUUAUUAAUUUUUUUUUUUUACAAAUUUACUUUUGGCCAAUUGGCAACAGUUCAUUAGCAUAAAGGGAUAGAAACUUGUGCAAAUUUGUAGAAAUCUCAAUGAAGUUUACCAUGAACACAUAGUAAAGUACAGUAUACAAAUAUAUUAUUUAUUAACAAGAAACAUGGCAUAAAAUUGACUGCCAGUAAUUAAAUCUCUACUGUUCGAGAUUUGUGUCGCAAUUGGCUUUCCAUAGUUAAAACCAUGAUAGAAGUAGAAAUAAACACCGCAUUUAUCAUGUGACAUCACAUAAUCCAAUUAUUCUAAAGUGCAGAUCCAGAAAUAGAAAGUGUAUUUUAUGUAUUACUGAAUACAUGUAGUUCAGUACUUGCAUUGUUAUAUAUACAUACAUGUUACAAAGAUUUCUUAUAUUUGAAUUUCUUAGAAUCAUCAAGAAAUAAAAAACUCCAUAAACAUAUGAAA